AUUGGCUAACAACUAGCAUCUUGUUUGACCGGGAAAAGACAUAGAAGAGCUCUUAGUUACUACUGACAAGUUCAGUAUUGUGAUGAGUUUGUUCUUAGUUAUGUGAAUGGGGAGAGGGGGUGACUGAGGCCAGCAGCUCCAGCUAACAAGGGCAAUAAAUAUGUUUGGGGGGAUUUGAUGUGGAGCUUAUGCAUGCUUAAAAAAAAACAAAAAAAAACAAUGCUUUCUUUUUUAACAUCAAAGGAUAGUUCAGUAGUUUAUAAUGUCAUGUCUAGUUUUAUUUAAAACAACAUUAGUUCGUCUCACUGCAUCAAGAGAAUUACUAGUCAAAAAAAAAAGGAUCAAAACCAAAGCAAACUUCUGUCUUGAAAUGACUCCAAUCAAAGCCUCUUAGUUUUAUGGAAUUCUUUAGAGAGAGCGUGGCGAUUAUUUAAACUAGAGAUGAGCUUUGGAGGCGGUGCAUCACCGAUGGUCUCCCCGUAUAAAACCACAAAGCAUCCGAAGCGUUUCCAAUCAGACUUUGCUUUUAUGUGAAAAGGCACCUGGAAGGCACGAGCAAUCUAAGCUCCUGCUAAUAACCCAGCAUCUGCAAGGACCGGUUUUGUUUUCAAGCUCAACAGAAAAUAUUAGGGAAUUUAAGACUCCUUGAAAUUGUAAUAUAUUCAGGAUUUAUAAAAACCGAGGUAGAUAUUUUAGAGCAGUUUAAUCCUAUUUGCUGUUUUCUGCACCUGCAUAAACAAUUCAGUAAUUGAAUGACACUUGGUUCACAUUUCCUGAGUUGGCACUUCUUUUACUGUGGACUUGACUGUCAGAACAAGUGAGAAAGUCAAAUAACGACAUCUCCGAAAUGUAUUUACUGCUCAUUAUGUCAUAGAUUAUAUGAACUGUAAAAUUAAAUUCUGCUGAGGGCCCCGUAGAUUCUUGAUUCGUCUCCAUUUUGUAGCAGACAGUAUUUACUUUGUGAAUGUUUGACACGUGUUCCAUUCUCUGUCUCUUUCACAUAAGAAUACCACUGGCGGCACAAUGACUCCUACCUUCCAAUCAGUUUGGUUCAGACAUGACAGGAGUUUAAAGGUUCAUGAAGUAGCAUUUGCAUAAACUGCAAUUCGAGAAAAGAGUUAUUAUUUAAUAGAAUAAAAGUCGACUGUUGUCUUGAUCCCUAUCUGAAUUAUAAUUAGAUUGAGAAUCCUGAUUCAGCUUUCGCUCCAAAUAAAGAUGCCAAAAUAAACAUGGAUAUCAUCUCCUUAUAAUUUUCUUUUUUAUGUGAAAAGUGUUUUCUGACUAUGUGCUAUGCAAUUCAUUGCACCCAAAAUACUGAAAGAUAUAUUUGGAAAUAAAUGAAGCAGAUCAUUUCUCGAGACUCAAUAAUAAUAAUAAUAAUAAUAAUACUAAAAAAGCUACUCCGUCGUUAGCAUUUUAGAAACAUGCCACAGCUGCAUCAAAGUUAUUUCCUCCAAAACUAAACCUCUUUUCUCUUAUUUCCUUUGUUGGGUGAGGUGCUUUAAACAUUUCGCAAUGAUUUGAGGAACAGACAGAAAUCUCUUCUUUUUAAUAUUGGUUUCACUUCCCUCAACAGUCAAGUAGACAGAAAGGUCAGAAGUCUCUCCUGCUACGCUAGGAAGGUUUGCUUUCAAACCGUUUUCCUGCUCUGAUUGAUUCACUUUGGUCGGUCAUGGAAAAAAAUGUCUCUCUCGUCCGAGAUGCAGUAAGUGAAAUUUGGGCGACAGACAGACCAAACAUCGGACAUAACUAACUUUAUGUAAAGUGUCCCUCUGCGUUGCCUACCAAAAUACCUCGCCAGCCCAUUAACUAAUAAAGCAAGUUAGAACACUGAGGUUCUCUGUGAGAACAAGACAAGUAAGCGAAUUAGCGGUUUACGGUGAGAUUUUCUGCAAGCAGCAACAACGACCUAAAAAUAGCUUUACUGCGCUUAUUUUAUGAGAAACUUAAAGAUUAACUAUCUAUUUUUAAAACUGUGAAUGAAUGAGAAAAGGCUUGCUUAAGACGGCAUUAAGAGAAGUUAUUUAAAACCGUCCACUGGGGAAACAAGAGUCAAUUGUGCUGCCACAACCCCUGAAGCAGGCAGUAGAAGACUUUGGGAAGCAACCACCGAUUGGUCAGCCCGACAGAAAAAGGGGCGGAGUAGAUGAAUUAGUGGACGUCCGUUUAAAGGCAGACGUCCUGCAGUGAUCAAACCCUGAAUGAUCUAACAGUCUGCCGUUUGAAGUGAUUAUCAUGCUACGCAACAUAAAGGCUUACAUCCAGCUGUGGGGCUAAUUAGUUCACUUAGCACCCUUUAUAAAACACUGCUAGGGGACAGGAAGGGACAGCCGGUCACUGGGAAGUCAGUAGUUUGACAGGACAGCAGUGGCAACAGACCUGGAUCCCUAAAGCUGACCUACUGGAUCACCUGCUUUUCCAAGAAUGCCACAUUUAAGUGACUGCAGCUACUACAAAAUGCGGGACGCAACCAGAGCUUCAAAAGUACAAAGUCACCUGGAAAACUCCAAGUUCCACCUUCAUCAAAGCCAAAACCAGCCUGUGAAGCAAUACCUGACACUGGGCUCCAAGCUGGCCUCUUCCACCGGAUCUGGCCACGCUGUACCGCAUCCACACGCCCCCGGCCAGCCGCUGGCCACCGUGCCAAUCAUGAGGAACGGACACAUGCCCGCCGUCAGUGAUGGGAGCAGCCCCAACAGUCCCGUCACCCUGCUGACGAUGGGCAACCACGAAGGCGAGUUUCCGAUGGAUGAAGUUAUUGAUGACCUAAUUAGUCUUGAAUCCGGUUUCAAUGAUGGAGGCCUGGAUUGCAUGGAGCCUAACAUAAUCCAAAGCAAUGUCUCCCUCAGCAACAGCAUGCUGGACGUCUAUGGGGGUGAACAAGGUAUGAACCCCCCUAAUGGUGGAAUGAGUCCCACAUCUAACACCACAAAGCUCACUGUUAAAAGGGAAUUUACAGAGCAUGACACGCGGGUUAUGGCCAAAGAGAGACAGAAAAAGGACAACCAUAAUUUGAUUGAAAGAAGGCGAAGAUACAACAUUAACUACAGGAUUAAGGAGCUGGGGACGCUCAUUCCAAAGUCAAAUGACCCUGACAUGCGGUGGAACAAAGGCACCAUCCUGAAGGCCUCGGUGGAGUACAUAAGGUGGCUACAGAAGGAGCAGCAGCAUGCUCGGGAACUCGAAAGCCGUCAAAAGAAGCUGGAGCAAGCCAACAGGAGGCUGCUGCUGAGGAUCCAGGAGCUUGAAAUCCAGGCACGAGCACAUGGACUCCCGAAUAUGGCUACUGCCUUGGGGACGGUUGAACUGUCCUCCCACCUGCUCAAACAGCAGCAGCAGCAGCAAUCCCCACCGCAGGUACAGCAACAGCAGCCACAACAGCCACCGAUCUACCAGGAGGACCCCAACGGCGACUACCUCCAGAGGAUAGCCGUGGUGACGGGCGUCCCGUCCAUUGCCACGGCGAGCGGCCCGCAGGACCACAUCCAGGGCGCCGACGCCUGCACCACCUUCUCCGACCCGCUCUCCCACUUCACAGACUUCUUCACCGCCACGCUCAAGGAGGAGAACCAGCUGGACGAGAUCCUGAUGGACGACCCACUCUCGCCGUUCGGCGCCGAUCCGCUCCUGUCCGCCGGAUCCCCAGGGGCUGCUUCGAAGGACAGCAGCCGAAGGAGUAGCUUCAGCUCCGCUGAGGCCGACGACCUAUAAGGGCCCUUCCUCUUUGGUAUAGCCCAAUGACUGCACAGGUUGAACUUCUCCUGGUAACGGGGGGGAAGGCCCUGAAAGACUGACUGACGGAUUUCAGGAUUCAAAUCUACGUCGGACAACUGCUGAGGCUCAAGUAACUUAAAUAUCAGCUGACAAACUAAGCAAAACCCAUCAAAGUGCCACCUGUUUAGAAAUUCCUCGACUGUUGCAGAUGCUGACAUUGUACGCUACUCGGAAGCAAAUGUCACGUCCAACGAAACAACUACUUUUAACUUUAUUUUAGGUAACCACUGUGUUUCUCUGCUUUGUACAGAGGAUACAAACAGACUUGUGUUAAAAAGGGAGACAUUUGCGAGUAGAAAUGUUAACUACUACUGGCUUGUUUUUUUUUUGUUUUUUUUUAACGUCAGACACUGGUGGCUACACACUGUAACAUAUGCAAAAUAAUUACUGAACAUUUGCCUGAAGUGUACUUUUUUCUACCAGUUUACAAAAGGAUCCUAGUCCUAGUUGCUUUUGCUGAGGAAGGCCUUAUACGAACUCCUUGAACAUGUAACUAAUGUACUCACCUCAGUGCUUAACAUGUACUUGGUUUUGUCUGUCUUUUUUUUACAUGUUUGUUACAUUUUUUUGUAUUUAUAUAUGUUUUAAUCCAUGUAUUCAUAUAAAAGAUAUAUAUAUAUAUAUAUAUACAUACAUAUACAAUACUCAAAAAUAACUUUUUCUUAUUCGCAGAAGUACGGGAAAAGUCCGUAAUAAACCCCUCUUGAGCGAGAAGUUUCGUGGUGGAAGGUGAAGGGCUUGCUUACAAGGUGGUUGAUUGGGAAUGAGAGAUGAAAAGGAGGAGAGAGAGGAGGGAAAUUAGAUAAUAAAGACGAGUAGAGAAGGAGUGAUAAUUCUGAUGAGUCUACUGUGAGUUGAUGAGCCCUUGAGAAUGAAUAACGGUGUCAGAUAAGGAGCUAGUAUGAGAGCUAUUAGCAGGCAACUAAGAAAGUUUCCUUUGAUGCAAGUAAGAUGACGAGAUUAGUCCAGAUUUUCUAAGACGAGAAUGGCAAAAAUAUAGGCUUUCCUAUGCUUUUUCUUUUAAUAUCCAAGUCAAUAUUAAACUAUUACUACAAUAUUGGAUCAGGAAUCAGGAUUGAUGGAUGUAUCGGGAAAGAGAAUAAAGUGUGAAAACACAAUUUUCUUACUUAUAUCAAAUUCAACACUUUUCCAGAGUGCAUAAGAACAUUGUAAAAAAAAGAAAACAUCUUUAGACUUAAUAAGGCUUGCUUGUAGCAGGAAUACAAUUCUAACAUUUUGAAACUGAAAACCUCCCGUCUUUUUUUUUUUUUUUUUUAACCCCACGCCCAUGCAAACUACGAAGUCUUAAAAAAAAACAUGCCCAUACUUCCUUAAUGGAUUUCUCAUCAAAGACUCUCUGAAUUAAUGUUGCAGAGUGUUAUUAGAGCACGUUUCUCUGAGAAAUCGAAACAUCCACUCGCUCGGAUCCCCCCCCCCUCUUGAGCUGCAAAUAAGACUAAACCGAUCAAUCAUCGUGGAGCACAGGCAGCCCGAGUACAAAGUAGUGAGUGAUGUUUACAGGUAAUUGGCUAAAGCAGUUAUGGAAGGUUAACAUUGAUUUUCAUUAUGCCGUGUGUCCGAGAUAGACUCUGCAAGACCGACAGAGCAAUUCAAAAGGAUUAUAUUAAAUUUUAAUUUUCUGUUA